UACGUGUAUCUUAUCAGUGAAUCUGUAUACGAGCAAUUGAGCGAUAUUAAUAUACUAUACAUACAUUAAUAUAUCAUACAUGACACGCGUAUCGAACUAUAAUUAACCAUAAUCUUUUAUAUUUUACGUACCGAUUUGGAAAACACGCAACAUUCUAUUUUCGCUUCCAUUAGCAGAUAAAAAGUCUCUAUAUUUAUGCUUUUAAAUUACGCUGAAUACAGCGGCAGAUGCUAACGAUAUUGGUCUUGAAAUUGAUUACGACUCGUAUUUAGUCGAUGAAAAGGAAAAUUCUCAGUUGUCGGGAAAAUAAUUUCUCAUUUCGUCAAAUUACAUCGAUCAUCAGCAUCAACCUCAGCAAUGCUUGUAAAAGUAAAAACUUUAUUACUCUGCAAAUAUACUGCGUAUAUUCUUACAUAUCGAGUGUUAUUCUUAUGAUUUCCAGUUAUAUCAUGGUUAGAUUUAAAUGGCCUUUCAACAAGAUACAAAUGCAACGAGUAAUACUUUUGACCAUUAUCAGUAUGAUCUCAUACGGAAUACUGAAGGAUCACAUGAAAUACGAAAAAGAGGUGGCGGAGUACAUGAACUCGUUGGAGUAUCGACAGGCGAUAGAAGCUAGCAACGAACACAGACAACGGCUGAAGAGCCAGCAACAGCUUUUCUGUGACAAUAUCAACGGAUCCUCCGGAGAAAUCGAGACUCGCGUGGAAGAUAAGAUCAAGUGAUUCUGUUUUGAGUUGGUAAUAUUCGCGAUCAAGCGACACGCUGGUAUUUGAAUAAAGGUUCAAGGGAUAUAGACAAACCUGUGUUGCGACUCUAGAGCAACGUAUUAAUGUAAUAACGCGCUUGGCAAGAGGCAUUCUGUCGUGUCGAUGAUCACGGUGACGAGGAGGCGAAGAGUAAAUUUCAUUAGCCGCUUAUCCGAUUUAUCGCGUUUCGUCUAUGCUAGGUGAGAUAGUAGAUAUUGGCAAGACUUACCGCUUCGAAAUUCGCGUCUAGGAAGCGAAGCUACACCAGUUUACAAUGGUCCGACACUUUUAAAGAUUUGUAACAGAAACGAUUCUUGUGACAAAUAUCAUGUCAAAAAUAAUCGAAAUAAACGAAAUUAUGUUCCUCCAAUUCCCUGGAAACGAAACACGUGGACAAGAAUCGUUUUUGUCGAGAGUCGUUCAAUUGAGAAGGCUAUCUCGACGGAACAUCGGGUAUCUACAUAACAAGAAAAGUAAUUGUUUCAAGAAACGGAACAGGAGAAGAGAGCAGAAAUUUGGCAACAAACCGGCGUAACGAUAGAAUUCUUACGAUUUUUCCUCUAGACUUUUCGUCCAUCGGUAAUCGAGAUCCCGAUGGGAACAAUGGCUGUUAGUUUCGCAGGAGCUUCGAUCGUUUUCAACGAGUAUCUGGCCGGCGGUAUCGCGGACGUAAGGUCAGGGUGGACAUGAUAUUUCCUGUAUCGGCCGCAAGACAAAGGAACAAAAGCUACUCAAAGUACGCGAAGCGUGUAAGCGUACCGCGAGUUAAGAGAAAUGACCACAAUUUGUUGAUCGUUAACGCGAAGUUAACCAACUGCAUUGCUAAUUACUCUGUUCCUCUUUAAGCUUCAAGGAAGUUGAAAUUCAUCGACUUUUCAUCCUUUUCGUCUUGAUUAUAAUAAUACGUAAUUGAACCUCGCGGAUGCCGAACUGAUCGACACCACUCCUUGCUGAUUUCUUGUUUUCAUUCACGUAAGUGUACAAUUGACGUUCAAUUCUCAAGAAACAAACGAUUUAUUUUCACAAGUUUGUUCAUCGUAAAAAGACGAUGGUAUGUGAUAGUGAAUUUUGGGAUAAAUUAAGUUGCUCAAUGAUGCAAUCGAUUAUGAUUGAAAAGUUCCACGAGUUUUCAUUUCAUAUGCAAGGGAUACUUAUCUGAACAUGGACGCAUAGUUAUAUAUGCUUUAUUGCCUCAUGACACGUACUAUGAUUUACUAUAUCGCGAGUUAUUAUGGCACCAGCUAUUAGACGUGUUUCGUAAAGCGAUCCAGAUAAGCAGUUACGAGAGAGGUCGUCGAAAUCAUCGUUUCCAAGGCGAAGAAAAUAUAACACGAUUUCUAUAAUAUUUGCAAGAACACGCAUGUGGAAAAGCACUGUUAUUUCAGUCGACGAAUUAGUUGAAAAAGGAGAGAAAGAACAAUAAAGAAGAAGAGUGAAAACAUUGUGGAAUUAAAAAUAUUUGAUAUCGCUUUUCUUUUUUUCUUCAUUAUUCUCGUUCUCCUUUCAAAGAAGCAAGUUCAGCGAACGGAAAAGAAUAAUUUAAUCGAUAAAAUCGUCAGUGUAAUUCCGGUGAGUUUUACUCUAGCGAGUUGUCGUGUAAGGAAAAAAAGAUAAUAGUAUAAUUAAAGUCUCGCGCGAGUUGCGCGACGUUGACUCAUAUUACAUUCGCGGUGAUUUUGCUUUUAUCGUGAUUCAAUUUGAAUGAACACGUACAGAGGAGAAAGUCUCCAAAUUUUGCAAUUGCUUCAUUUAUUAAUUAAAAAUCAGGUUAAAUUAAAUUUUAAAUAAAAGUCAAUCCGUGAUUUUUUUAGAUUCUGAAUGACUGUAAAAUGUAAGUAAUUUUCAAUAAUUCUGAAAAUACGCCUUUAAAUAAUCUUGCGAGAAAUCUGAAAAGAAUGCAUAUAGAAUUGUGAUGAGAUUUGUACAUUAUCUAAAAGUUUAUUUUUUAACGCAAUAAAAAAGAAAACAU